CAGUUUUAUAUACUGUCUAUGGUUCGCAGCCACUGCUGGCAACUUCUCUGCUUACUGUUUGUUGUUAUUAUUAUAUCCUGUACUUUACAGACCUUUCAGAAAUACAUUUUGUAUUUUUAAAAUGAUCAUUCCAGUGGUGGACUUUGGCGCAUACAGCCUGAGUAAGGAAGAUGUUACUGACGACCAGAUGCGGAAUUUAAGCAAAGAGUUGAAAACAGCUUUUACAGAAGUUGGUUUUGUUUUUCUGAAGAACACUGGGAUCACUCAGGAGGAGGUGGAUCGUGUUAUGGCCCUAUCCAAGACAUUCUUCCUGCAGCCAGAUGAAGUGAAACAACCUUUCAGCAGGAAAAGCUUUGCCAACAAUCCCAACCACGGCUGGGUGUCUCUGGAGAUUGAGAAGUUGAAUCCACGUCGGCCUGGAGACCUAAAGGAGGCAUUCAACUGUUCUUCACUACACCCUGACAUUAAAUGGCCAUCUGUAAAAGGGUUCCAGGAGAUGCAGACGUCUUUCUUCCAGCACUCUACAGAGCUAAGUCUGCGGGUGCUGAGGGUGAUGGCCCACAGUCUGGGUCUGAACCCGGAGGUGUUCCUGAGUGCGCACCGUUUAAUAGGAACUGAUGAGAAUGGCACAACUCUGCGGUCUCUGUACUACCCACCAGUAAACCAUGAGAAAGUGAAGGAGGGUCAGCUGCGAUGUGGAGAACAUUCCGACUAUGGCAGCAUCACCCUGUUGUUUAGCAGCUCUGAGGGUCUGCAGGUGCGAAAACGUUCAGGUGAAUUCAUCUGUGCUCCCUCCAUCCCCGGAGCGGCCCUCAUUAAUGUCGCUGACCUGAUGCAGCGCUGGACCAAUGAUCAGUUUGUCUCUGUGCUCCACAGAGUUGUGCUGCCCCCUGCCGGAGACUCCGGCACACGUCAGUCUCUGGCUUUCUUCGUCCAGCCGGAUGAUGAGGCUCUGAUCACCUGCUGCGACGGCUCCAACAAAUACCCCCCAGUUACAGGAGGCGACUACCUCACGGAGCGCUUCAAUGCCGCGUAUGGAAACUGAAUCUCUACCCCGCCCUAUUCUGUAGCUAACAGGCAGCCAGUGUAGGGAGGCAAGAAUGGGAGUAAUGUGCUCCCCUCUUUUUGACCUUGUCAAAACUUGCUUUGAACUAGUUGGAGACAAGAUAAACAAGACUGGGCGAUACCAAAAUAUAACUGGUUGCAAUAAUCAAGGUAGGGAGAUAUAAAGGUAUUAUUUGACUUUUUUUUAAUUGUAAAGUGUCUUAGGAUCUAAAAAUUGAUUGAUCUAUACCUGGAAUGUAUUGUUUUAUCAUGUUUUGUCUAAAAUAAUGUCACUUUAGAUCCCACACUGUUUUUCCAUUUUAAAUAUGGUGUCAGUGACUCAGUUAAUGUGUAUGAUUAAAAGAGAAGCAAACAUCAAACCUGCAAGCUCAUUCGUUUUAUUGUUCACAUUCAAACCUUGUACAACAGUUUAAUGAAUUUCUCACACAGGACGUGCUUUUUGAAAGGGACAUAAUAUCAACCCAUCUACUGUACCUCAAUUGCUCAAAAAGAUUAACUAUCUUUGAGACCUUAUUCCAUCUGUUGUAUUAAUCUCUAAUGAACAUAGUCUUGACCAUGUGACUAUCUGUAAUUUAAUUAAAGUUUCCCAUCACCUAUGAGAGAGACGAGGCCCAAUUCAACCCGCUGCAGUUUCGUUACAGUAGCGUAGAGAAUAAAUAAAUUAGAAAUGAUUCUACCAUGAAAAA